AUGGUGUGCUUUAACGAAGAAUUUUGCUCGGAAGUGGACAUGGUGUACCGGCGGAUUUCACGUGGAAAACGUCAACAUUUUGCCCAGCCUUCUGAAGUAGUCUCGAAAGAUCGUCUUCGCUUCUUUGGUUACAUUAUGAGGAGACCGUCUCAUCAUUUUGCUCAAGUUGUUUUGAAGAUGCUUCCAGAUAAUAAUUGGGAAAGGUCCCCUGGUCGCAAAAGAACGUUUUGGACGAAGGUGGUGAAGGAAGAUCUGAGGACACUUGGCGUUAACAGGCAGUUCAGUCGAGACGUAAAAUUCCGCCGCUUGCGGAAUAGCGAAGAAUGGGUAGAUUCCAUGCGAAUUCUAGCUGAAAAUCGAACAGGACGGGAUCGGAUAUAUUCAAUGACGACACACCCCGGCGAAGAUGCGGGUAGCCGCGUUAGGCCGUAA